CGGAUUUGGUGUCUGUCCCCCAUUUCCAAUUAUAGAUGGAUCAUUACAGACAGAGAAGUCCUGAGAAGCCAGACAUCUGCUCUUCACAUGAAUGCACUCACCUCCUAGAGAACAGCCCGCCAUCAUGCUCUGGAAACUGGUCGAAAAUGUCAAGUACGAAGAUAUCUACGAGGACCGGCACGAUGGCGUCCCCAGCCACAGCUCCCGGCUGUCCCAGCUGGGCUCGGUCUCGCAGGGGCCUUACUCCAGCGCCCCGCCGCUGUCUCACACCCCGUCCUCGGACUUCCAGCCGCCCUACUUCCCGCCCCCCUACCAGCCUCUUCCUUACCACCAGAGCCAGGACCCCUACUCGCACGUCAACGACCCCUACUCCCUGAACCCGCUGCACCAGCCCCAGCAGCACCCCUGGGGCCAGAGGCAGCGGCAGGAGGUGGGCUCCGAAGCCGGCUCGCUCCUCCCGCAGCCGCGGGCUUCGCUGCCGCAGCUCUCCGGCCUGGACCCCCGGCGGGACUACCACUCGGUCCGGCGGCCUGACGUCCUGCUCCACUCGGCGCAUCACGGCCUGGAUGCCGGCAUGGGCGACAAAGCCGGGCCGCUCCGCUCGGGCCGCGCUUCCCUCUCCUCCCGCGGCCUCUCCUGGCUCUGGCCUGCCAACAAGGGCAGCGGGGGACUCCGGGCUCCUUCCUCCGCCCGGCUGCGGGACUGCCGGAAGUCAGUAGAAGAUGCCAAUAACAGCGGCAUGAACUUGCUGGACCAGUCUGUCAUCAAGAAAGUUCCAGUUCCUCCGAAAUCUGUUACUUCCUUGAUGAUGAACAAAGAUGGUUUCCUUGGUGGCAUGUCUGUGAACACAGGCGAAGUGUUUUGUUCGGUACCUGGGCGGCUGUCCUUGCUCAGUUCGACUUCUAAGUACAAAGUAACAGUUGGAGAAGUUCAAAGGCGCCUCUCACCUCCGGAAUGUCUGAAUGCCUCACUUCUUGGAGGAGUACUUAGAAGAGCCAAAUCGAAAAACGGGGGCAGAUCGUUGCGAGAGAGGCUAGAAAAAAUCGGCUUGAAUUUACCAGCCGGCAGGCGCAAAGCGGCCAAUGUCACUUUACUCACCUCCCUGGUAGAAGGAGAAGCUGUACAUUUAGCCCGGGAUUUUGGAUACAUUUGUGAAACUGAGUUCCCAGCCAAAGCUGUUUCUGAGUACCUGAACAGACAGCACACGGACCCCACUGAUCUCCACUCCAGGAAGAACAUGCUGCUUGCCACAAAGCAACUUUGUAAAGAGUUUACGGAUCUCUUGGCCCAGGACAGGACGCCCAUUGGCAACAGCCGGCCCAGUCCCAUAUUGGAACCAGGGAUCCAGAGCUGCUUGACUCACUUCAGCCUCAUCACCCACGGCUUUGGGUCCCCAGCCAUAUGUGCUGCCCUGACUGCUCUCCAGAACUACCUAACUGAAGCUCUCAAAGGCAUGGACAAGAUGUUCUUGAACAACAACUCUGCUAACAGGCACACGUCUGGGGAAGGACCAGGUAGUAAAACUGGAGACAAGGAAGAGAAGCACAGAAAAUGAAACAGAUGACGCUAAUGAAAUUAGGGGGAAAAAAUAAAAUAAAAAAG